UGCGAUAAUUAUGGUGGUGCUGAUUAUGGUCACGAUAAGGACCAUGAGGGUCCCAGUGAAAAUGCCUUUGCUGGCGAAGGUGAUCGAAAUUGUGAGUGGAAUAUCAACUUUAAUGACGACGAUCGUGACUAUAAUGGUUAUGGUCACAGUGAACAAGAAGUUGUUUUGAGUAAUGUGUGGAGUUCGAAUUAUGAUAACCAUAUCGUGAUUCAUUUGAAAACCCAAAGUCCGCAAUCGUGCAGUCGACGUUCUUUUCUUGUCAAUAAUGAUUUUGUUGGUAUGAUCAUACAGAAUACAUUUGGUUAG